AUGUCCGAUAUACGACGUCGAGCGCCUGCCGACCCAUCCGGGUCAUCUCUCGUGAGCGAAGAGCCUACAUUAAACGAGAAGGACAAAGAUGUUGGCUUGAAGCAUGGAGUUUUCAUGCAGAUAUUGCGAUCUCUGCUGCUCGCAACAUGGUUCAAUGGUUGUUGUGUGUGUAUAUUCAUGACACAGCUCAUCGGGGCACCGUUGUACUUUGUUAACAAAAACUAUUACUACGCUUAUAUGGCUAUGACGAAGCAAUGUUUCGGGAUUCUUAUCGUUACCAUCACCCAAUGGGGUGCUCCGACGGUAGUCCGUGUCAGCGGUGAUGAGUCGGUCAAAGGACAGAUACAACUUGGUGCCAACGGAUUGCUCAAGACGAAUUUCCCGGACCGCCUCGUAUUCGUUGCGAACCACCAAGUAUACACAGAUUGGUUGUAUCUGUGGUGGGUAAGCUAUACAUCCCGUAUGCACGGCCACAUCUAUAUCAUCUUGAAGGAGUCGCUCAAAAGGAUACCUGUCAUUGGUCAAGGAAUGAUGUUCUAUGGCUUCAUAUUUAUGGCCCGUAAGUGGGAAGCGGACAAACCGCGCUUGGAGCAUCGUCUCCAGAAGUUAAAGUCGAGACACACUGGCCCCAUGUCUGGUUCACAGAGUUUAGAUCCUAUGUGGCUGUUGAUAUUCCCAGAGGGAACCAACCUUUCCAUCAACACAAAGAAUAUCAGCAACAAAUACGGAGAAAAGCAAUUACGAGGUACCGUAGAUUGGGUCUACGACUGCACUGUAGGCUAUGAGGGACCACCAAAAGGCAUAUACCCUGAUCGAUACUUCACUCUACGAUCCACCUACGGUCAAGGCCGGCCCCCCAAAUCCGUGAACAUGUACUGGCGACGCUGGGCCUUGGAAGAAAUUCCUUUGGAUGACCCGAAGGAUUUUGAGCAAUGGCUAUUGGAGCGCUGGAGAGAAAAGGAUGCCUUGCUCGAUCAGUUCUUUGAGACUGGGCGCUUCCCGACUUCUUUGGACUCUUCGAUCGAGACACAAAACAUUCCCGCAAAACAGAAAGACGAGGCGUCUCGUGGAUACGCUGAGACGGAGAUACAGCUGGCGCGCUGGAUUGAAGUUGUAGAGAUAUUUGCCGUUUUGCUAUUAGUCGGAUUUCUAUGCAGGACGUUUUGA